AUGGAUUUGAGAGGAGAUGAGGAGCGCAUUCGACGUUGGUUGUGUGAUUCAGACAUCGAGUCUAACCACGAUGAAGCAGAGGAACUAUCGGAAUCCGAAAACGAAGAUAAUAUGGUAGCAGAUGCCCACGUAGGAGCUGAUGAAAGUGAGGAAGAAGUUUCGAUGUCAUCUGAUGAGAUUUUCGUCAGCAUGCGCUUUUGUAAGCGAAGAUUUGUAGAUUCAGAUGAUAAUACAUCCUAUGCAGGUCAGUUGGAGUCUGAGUCCAUCCAGCAUCAGCAGGAGCCGCAGGAGCCUGAGUCAUCAUUUGUGAUCCGUUCCAAUAAAAAUCACCUUUAUGGAAAGAGCGGUUAUAAAUGGUCUACUAGACCUCGCAAUCCACGAGCAAGAACAUCUUCUCGUAAUGUGAUUCACGUAGUCCUUGGACCUGCAGGUGUAGCCAAAGAAAUAACAGACACCAGAGAAUUAUUUCUCCUGUUAAUUUCUCAUGAAAUGAUCAAUGAGAUGGUUACUUAUACCAACACGGAGAUUGACAUCAAGAAGUCUAAAUACAAACUGGAGAAGUAUACCAACUCGCAUACUUCCACUAACGAAGUGACGACUUGA